CUACACGGCCCGUGAUGCUUUGCGAGCGGCCUAUGAACACGUACCACAUGGACUAGCUGAGAAGCCGGAGGGGGGCAGGGCUGGGUAUCUUGGCAACACCCGGGUGCCUCCUCCCCUCCUGCCAGCCCUGGCAUCGUGUCCUGGGCUCCUUGUGUCUUCCUGCACCCCGUGAACCGGUCCCUAAAGCGGGGAGGAUAGUCACAGCCACCAUGGACGUAUUUGGGGAUCUGAGGAGAAUGAAUAAGAGGCAGGUGGGUGUCACAAUCAAUGGUAGCCAUGUGGGCAACCUAGGCUGGUGAGGGGGCUACCUCAUCCCCCAGCUUGCUAUACUGGUUUAUAUGAAGUGUGUGGAUGCCAGUCAGCAACCCAUUAAUGCCACAGCUGGCACUCCAGCUGGUGUGGACUACAAGUCCUCUGAUGAAAAGGCAUCAUGGGAUAUGUAGUCCUCAUCUGCUGAAGACAGAGAUAAAAGCUAAGCCACCCCUGUCCAUCAUUUUAGGCUUAAUAGUAUUUGCUAUGGGAGAAGAAUAAACAAAGAGAGAAAUGGGAGAGAAAAAAACAAACAAACAAAAACACACACACACACUCACUCUCUCUCUCUCUCUCAUAUAACAGUAACAUUUAUUUUUGCUGAAACACAUUUCCUUUUUUUAUACAGGACAAUCUGAAUGACAAUCUUUUUUUACACAGGGCUUCUGAAUGACAUACUGUUUUUAAUUCGUUUUUAAAUUGGGAUAAAUAAUGUCUAAAAGCACACGUCAGAUAGUAAAAAAAAUCACAUAGAUCAAAGACCGUUGACACUAUAAUUGUCUUAAUUGUCAGUGUGGCUUAUAAUGUUUCCCUUACAUGCAAUUUCAAGUCUUUACCCCAAUAAUAUUGAUAAUACCGAGGUAACAUAUCUUUAAUACUCUUAUUUUGACAGCUGGUUGACAAUAUGGCAUUCUAUCGAAAACUCCCAUCACUAGUUUUAUUUUUAAUGUUUAUUUCUAAUGCGCUAACAUAUUCUGGAGCACUGUUGCAGUGAGGUAGCAUUUAAACAUUUUAUUUAAGAGCAUGACAUUUUUGUAGUAUGUUUGCUCUUUUAGUGUCAUCUGAAAAACUUUUCUUAAAGGGGACCUCCAUGCAUCAUCAUCACUAGAGCGUCCCCUGCCUGUGAAUCCCAUCCAAUGACCGUCAGAAUUAAUAUUACUAAUGCAGAACUAGGAAAUUCCACUUUUAGCAGUAUCUAUAAAGAGGGGCCAGCACAGCAUCAACCAUAAGGUGAUCAUCAGUGGUCACAUAAGCCUCAAAACGUAAUCAGGGGUCAUGGAACUAUGAAUUUAUUUAACCCUAUUAAACAUCCAUAUGUGAAGAUUUAAGGAGGGCCCAAACUGAUUAACUUAAUACUUCUCUAAGAGGGGCCAGACCAUAAAAGCUAUGAGGACCGAGGUAUGUGGUAGUGAGCCAAGGAACUUUGGGUACCAUAAUUACUGCAGCACACCAUUGUAUAUAUUGGUCUUCAGAGGGGAUGUUUUAUCGUGUUCAUGAUUGUAUCAUUUUGUGUGCGGAAAUUAUCCAGGGCUUAUUCAUUAGUUGGCAGCUGUGAUGGGGUGACAACUUUAGGAGUUUUGUAGAAAAUCUCAAACUGGGCUGAUUCUUAGAGGUUUUUUUCAACACCACUAGUAUGGCCUGAAAUUUGCAAGUUGAUUAUCAGAAAAUUUAUGUUUAGCCAAAAAAAAGUAUCGCUGUAAUAUUGACAAACCACUUCUAUGCAUGGAUAAACUUACUGUAAUUGUUAUGGUUCUGGUGACUAUAGCAUGUUCGUGCAGGCUGAGCACUGUAAACACUGCCUUUUCAGAGAAAUGGCAGUGUUUACAUUGUCGCCUAGGAACGACUCUAGUGACGGUCACUAAAGGUGCUUCCUAGUUCAGUGUCCACGCUCUGCAUGGAGGCACUGAACAUUCCCCAUAGAUAUGCAUUUACUCAAUUCAUUUCUACAAGAAGAUUCUAAUUGGUGCAGCAGCCUCCUAGUGCUUUCCUAUGAAUCUUGAUGAUCUCAGUCAUGGAUGCGGGGCCAACCGCAGUGAGACUGGUGCGGCGUGGGAGAAAAGGUAAGUAAAAACCUUUUUUUUUUUUUUUACUGAGAUUGGAGGGGGCUGGUCACCUAAACAACCACUUCAGGACUAUAGUGUCAGGAAUACAUACAUGUUUGUUUUUAUACAUUGCUGUGCUGGAGAGCAAGAGACAUAGGAGAGUUCUUCUGCUCGGCUCAUCAAUCACCUGUCAUGAAAAAGGGCUUUCGAUGUUUGUUGAAUUCCCAGCACCUAUUGAAGGCAGUGGCAGGAUGUUAUUUAGACAUGUACCAACAACCUAGAGAUUGUUGCAGACCAUAUACACCCCUCCAUGGCAAUGGUGUUCCCUGAUGGCAGUGGCCUCUUUCAGCAGGGAAAAUGCAAAACUGUUCAGGAAUGGUUUGAGAAACAUGGCAAAGGGUUCAGUGUGUUGUGUUGGCCUCCAAAGUCCCCAGAUCUCAAUCCGAUUGAGCAUCUGUGGGAUGUGCUGGAACAACAAAUCCGAUCCAUGGAGGCCACAUCUAGCAUACUUGCAUGGCUCUAAAGAUCUGCUGCUUUUGUUUUGGUGCCACUUACCACAGGACACGUUCAGAGGUCGUGUGGAGACCUUGCCUCAAUGCAUCACAGUUUUGGCAGCACGAGGGGGACCUACACAAUAUUAGGCAGGUGAUGUUAAUGUUGUGACCUAUCAGUGUAUGUUGAUACUCUUUUAAUACCACAUAUAUACAGUGCAAUCAAUAUAAUACAGUACUUAGUAAAACAUGUUGGACGCCGAUGAAUGUUUGUUUGUUUUCAUUGAGAAAUUGAGAUAAUUUUGAAAACUUGCAUUAUUACGGUAAUAUAAAUAUUCAUUUAUUUUAUGUUAGUUUUUAGGUAAUUGCCUGAGGUAGCAUUGUAUGUUGCAUUUAAGCCUAUGUCUAUGCUGCAUGUUAUGGGUGAAAUGAUUCCACUUUGCUGUAUCCUCAGCAGGUUUGAUUCCAGUGAGUUAUGUAUUUAAGUAUAUUGAAAUGCACACAAUGUUAAAGUGUUGUGUUAUUGUCUCAGCACCUUCUCUUUGCCCCUUCAGAUAGUUUUAGUAUAAAAAUGCUACAAUUGAUUCCAUUUUAUUCCUACAAAUUUCCAACAAUAUGCAUAAUUAUGAAUUCAAUGGCAUCUGCAUAUAAUGAAAAGACUUAUCGCUUCCAGAAUGCAAGAUGUAUAUUAAUUGAGGGUAAUUGAGUGUACGUCUGCCAUUCCACAGUAAGUAGUCAAACCAUUUUAGUAUACAACAUACCUGGAUCACUCUGAGAGUCCAGAGGGAAUACGCUAGAUCUACAGAGUUAAUGAAGACCGUGCUCAUUGGAUGAGAGCAAUCAUGCUCACGCUCAUUAACAAUUUCUCUCACUGUUGGAUAAUAAAUGCCUACGCCAUGUCUCCGUCAGAUGCCUGAGUGAGCACACUCGUGGCAUCUAUAUGAGUAGCAAAGAUAUUACAACAGGGAAGUGCAGAGGAGACAAUUUAGUUUUAUGACUACAUUAUUCACUCUAGUAAAUGUUAAAAUAGCUUCUACUGGGAGGAAAGAAUCAAAAACUGUCACUUUUCUUGAAUUGACAGUUCCACUUUAACGACACAUCGUAGGAUAAAUGUCUGCAUUGACGCUGAGCCAAGCACUCUUGGUUUAGGUGCAGGCCCACUGGCCCAGUAACAAUUCAUACUGCAGCCAAGCCAAACCUACAGCAAGGUGGGAUAGGCAGGGCUGAUAUCUUCUACUCAGUCUGUCAGCUUGUUUGUCUGGAGAGAUGACAUGGUUCACAUAAUUCUUUCCAGCCUGUUUCAUGCUUCCUCUAUUCUAUUUUUGUUACUUCUCUCAGUUCAAGAGAUUCUUUAUCAGAGUCUUACUUUACUUAUGGCUGGCUGCUUAACACUAAGACUUUGGCACCCAGACCACUUCAUCUCAUUAAAGUAGUCUUGGUGCAAUGUCCCUGUCCUCCUUAGUCCUGCAAUGUAAAACAUUACAGGUUUUUUUUUUGAAACUGCAGUGUUUACAUUGCAGUUCUAAAACAGCCUCUGGUAGCUGUCUACCAGACAGCAACUAGAGAUGCUUCUGGGAUCUUACCGGACUCUAGGUCGCCUAAUUGAUACGAACAUCCUCAUUAGUAAAAUCCCCAUAGGAAAUCAUUUGAUGCUUAUCUACUGGGAGUGCAUAAUGCGCUUGCGGCGCACCUGCAUUAGGUCCCGCCUUCAGAUGAUGUUGGAGUAGGCGAAGUGCUCCAGUAAAGUAAAGGUUUUUUUAAACCCCUUUGUAUGCCAAAAUGGGCCACGACACAGGGGGACUAGAGGGCGCUAUGUUGUUAGGAAUAAAGCAAAACUAUGAUCUAGAAGUGUGGUAUAGCACAAUACCAAAAGGCAAAAUAGUUUAACCUAGUGCAGUUAUUGUGUAUAGGCUGCUGUAGCCUCAACAGCAAGCGAAAUAUAGCAAUCCAAAGUAUUCAUCCACAAAGCGUAGCUUAGUUAUAGGGGCUUACUAGUGCAGCCCAAAUUUAUAAAUUAUAAGUGUUAGGAAUACAGAUUUUUAUUCCUAAAACUAUAUAAUCCCUUUAAAGAGAUACUAUAGGCAUCAAAACAGCUUAACUUAAAUGAACACUAUAGUCACCUAAGUUACUUUAGCUAAAUAAAGCAGUUUUAGUGUAUAGAUCAUUCCCCUGCAAUUUCACUGCUCAAUUCACUGUCAUUUAGGAGUUAACCCCUUAAGGACUGGACUGUUUUUGCAAUGUUGUACAUUUGCGACCAGGACUCUUUUUACACUUUUGUGGUGUUUGUGUUUAGCUGUAAUUUUCCGCUCUCUCAUUUACUGUUCCCAUACAAAUUAUAUAUUGUUUUUUUCAGGACAAAAGGGGCUUUCUUUACAUACAAUUAUUUAUAUAAUCUCAUGUAAUUUAAUUUAAAAAAAUUUUUAAAAAAUGAUGAAAAAUUUAAAAAAAAAUACAUGUUUUUUGACUUUUACUUGAAAAAUCUUUUACUCAUCUACAAAAGUGAAUGAAAAAACUGCUAAAUAGAUUCAAAAUGUUGUCCUUUUUUGCUUUUUUUUGCAAGUUAUAGGGCUAUAGGUACAAGUAGGAUAUUGCGGUUUCAAAACAUACAUUUUAAAAAUGUAUCAAUAGUGACAUUGUAACAAUAUUAUCUGUCAUAAAUCUCUGAAUAACACCCCACAUGUACAUAUUUUUUUUUAAAGUAGACAACCCAGGGUAUUCAAUAUGGGGUAUGUCCAGUCUUUUUUAGUAGCCACUGCCAUCAGUCGAAAACACUGGCCAAAGUUAGCAUUCAUAUUUGUUUGUGUGUAAAAAAAGUAAAAAACUAAAUUGAAUGCUAAUUUUGGCCAGUGUUUGUGACUAAGUGGCUACUAAAAAAGACUGGACAUACCCCAUUUGCAAUACUUUGGGUUGUCUUCUUUUGCAAAUGGUAUGCCAUCAUGGGGGUAAUUCUCAUUCCUGGGCUACCAUACGCUCUCAAAGGCAACAUAACCAACCUGGCCUUUUUCAAUGUAAAAAUAUUUGACCCAUAUAUUUGACCCUGUAACUUUCAAAAACGCUAUAAAACCUGUACAUGGGGGGUACUGUUAUACUCGGGAGACUUUGCUGAACACAAAUAUUAGUGUUUCAAAACAGGAAAACAUAUCACAACAAUAUCAUCAGUAAAAGUGCUGUUUGUGUUGAAAAAUGCAAAAAAAAGUCACUUUCACUGACAAUAUCAUCACUGAUAUGUUUUACUGUUUUGAAUCACUAAUAUUUAUGUUCAGCGAAGUCUCCUGAGUAAAACAGUACCCCUCAUGUACAGGUUUUAUGGUGUCAUAGAAAGUUACAGGGUAAAAUAUAGUGCAAGCAAAUUAAAUUCUCUGGACUUUCGACCUGGGUUGGCAGGCAGGUCCCUCAAAUUGCAAUCAAUAAAAUUACUUAAUUAUGUAGAAAUAUUACAUGAAUACGCACAUAGAAUUUAAAUAUGCAUAUUUAAAUAUUUGAAGUCUACGUGUAUAUUUAUAUAAUUAUUUAUGUAAUUUUGUAUAUGGACAUAUGUAUAUUUCUUAUUAUUUUUAAUUUAUAUAUAUACAUAGAUAUAUAUACAAUUUCAUAUAGAUAUAUAUUUUUAUUUUUUAUUAUUAUUUUUACAUGUUUUUAUUUAAUUUAAAUUACUUAUUUGUAUUUUAUAAUAAUAUUUAUAUACAAUAUAUAUAUACACACACAUACACACACACACACACACGUGUGUAAUUUAAUUAUAAGUUUAUUUUUAUAUUAAUAUAUUUACAUAAUAUAAAAAUACACUUAGUAUGACAUUAUAUAUAUGUAAAAUCAUAAAAAAAUUAAAGUUAAAGUUAAUAAAAAAAUAUAUGUGUGUAUAUAUAUAUAUAUAUAUUUAUAUUACACAAGAUCCAGCGCACUCACCUAUCCACUAAACAGCAACUUCAAUGUUGAAAGAUUUUAUUUGGUUUUUUUUUAAAACACCUAAUCUAGGCAAAAAUAAUGGGGGUUUAGUUACAUUAUAUGAUCAUACAUUGCAUAAGCCUGCCACAACGUCAAUGUACCCCAUCUUUGGCAGGUCCUACACUAACAGCCUAAUGUCUGCUCUUAUGAGAUUAACCUACUUGGGGAAAGAAAUUCCAUCUGGGGCUCUCUGCAGUACAAGGCUAAAUAGGGCCCUGGGAUGAGGCACCUGUGACAGGGAGGGGUGCAAAACCAAGGAGUUGGCUAGACUCCCAAAUAUAUAUAAAACAAGAGGGGGUUGGCUGCACUCACCUUAACAUGCAUAAAUGGGGGUGCUGCUGGGGGCCAAAUAAUACAAUACACAAGAUCCAGCGCACUCACCUAUCCACUAAACAGCAACUUCAAUGUUACUGGCAAUUUGUUUUUUGGAAUCUAGAGAUACACUACAUGCAUUUAUAAAUGCAAUGUUAUUGCUAGGAAUCCCCAAUAAAUAAUGCAGUUAUGGUCACUGACCAGCAAUUGGACAUAAUUUGUAAAAAUAGACUUCUGGAGCAGUCGAGGUAAUAUCUGUGCUAUAUUGUAAGUGCAUACUUUUCUAAAUGAGCUCUUGUUUGAAAGUAAGUUAAAACACUGUGGUGUAAAAUCUUUACCAAUAUCUUCACAUAGACUAAACUGUUUGUUUCUUUGAUUUGCACAAUAGGAAAUAUAUGCGGUAGCUAUCAAUUCUAAUGGUUUUCCUGGAUUGUUUCCUUGCAGUUGUACUAUCAAGUACUGAACUUUGCCAUGAUAGUAUCAUCGGCUCUCAUGAUAUGGAAAGGCCUAAUAGUGGUGACUGGAAGUGAGAGUCCCAUCGUCGUGGUGUUAAGGUAGGAGUAAAACAGUAUCUUAGUAUUGUUAUGAUUCUUUACUCUGCAAUUUAAAUCUGUAUAUGAUUUCAGGUUUGGGAUUUGAUUUUUUGUUUUUUUAUUUUGUCCAAAUUAAAGCUGCUUUCAAGAGCAUGUAAACAUAUAAAAUGAGAACUCUGAGAAUGGGCAAAAGCUUCAGAAAACUCAAUAGCUUGCCUUUUAGUUAAUAUCUGCCCAGGUCUCAAAAUGGAUAUUGCUUACUUGUGCCAUUCUGUUAUUGUCUGCUUUUGCGUCAUUGCAUUUGGUUAGGGUCUCCCUAAGUUAUAAGAUAUGUCUGAUAUGCAAAUGGUAUAGGUUCUCUCUCUAAUGGCAUAAGUGAGUAAUCAAAAAUAAAAAAUAGACAAACCAAAAGCCAAGCUUUUGAGUUUUAUGAGCUUUGCCUGUUGUCAGAGUUCCCAUAUUCUCUGUUUUUGUUUUAAAAUAUAACUUGUUAGUUUAGUAUUGUUUUGUGGGUUUUUUUUAAGUUUAUUGAUAUAUGUUGAUAUGUGUUAUUGUUUCCUUUAACAACUAAACUGGUUGGCAACAUCUUAAAUGUUUAGGAACACUGUAGGCACUAUAAACAUUUUAUCUCACUGAAUUGGUUAUAGUGCAUGGAGUCAAAUUGAGCCAUCACUCCAUUUAUGUUAAACCAUUUUUGAGCAGUUUAACAUUGAAUUAAGGUACCUGUCCAGCAAACGUAUACUGCAGGUAUGGCUAAGGCUGAGAUUAAACCCUUCCUUCCAGCCAUACUGAUUAAUACUAGCAAUGGGCACUGUGAUAGGUUGAAAGUGGUCAUCAGACUCUUUUAUUGCUGCUUAAGCUAAUCCAUUAGCCCAAGCAGCACAGAGGGGAUGGGCUGCUGGUGACUCUUCAUUAAAAAAUGUCUGGAUUUGAAUGGAAGCACAGUGCUUGUGGACUCCAGGCACUAUAAGCACUUCAGUGAGAGGAAGCAGUUACAGUGCCUGUAGUGUCCCUUUAAGGCCAAGAACAGUUUUGCCCCAACUCUAUGGGCUAUUUCAAGCAUCAUAACCACUGCAGCCUGUUCUAGAAUUAAUGAAUUCAGGAGUACACUGGCCUAUUUUCCAGGAAUGGAACAAAUCAGGUACUCCAGGGGCCAGUAAUGCUCAUCCAGCUUCUGCGGAAACUGAAAGCCUAUCCAGCCAACUAUUCAUUGGCUAAGACUACUCUCAGCCACUGGUUGCAACUCUGAAUUCAUAAGCAUAUGCACAGAACUGACAUUAUCCAUCCCGGAACUCUUGUUCCGGACUAGCUCUUCACUCUGAUGGAAUUACAAAUUCCGUAUAUGCAGCAUUUUAUAGCUAAACAUUGCACAUGCAGACUCCAGGCACCAUGAGCACUUUAAAUCAAAUGUAUAUUCCUAACUCCACAGGGUCCUGGUGGCCGUUAAGGUUACGGGCCCCUACCUGUAAGGAGCAAGAAGGUCUUGUAGAACUUUUCUCCCUCGCAGAGCCAGUCAUCAUGGUUGACCCUUCUCCUUGGCAGAAAUUAUUGAAAUCUAUCAUCUCAGCCAAUCCAAUGCUUUCCCAUUUGAAGGCUAGAGUGCAUGUCUGGUAAAAUGCCGCACUGCGCCAAUCACAUGGUCUCUCUGAGACCAUCUGAUUUAUAUAGCAGAAUUUUACUCUGCUAUUUCAUUGGAAGCACCUCCAGUGGCUCUUUCCUUUGGCUUCACUACUGCCACUAAUAAAAUACUAUAACACUACUAGUAGCAUAUGAUUUUUAUUAACACAAAACUCAUACUAAAUUAUUGCUGUUUUUAUAUGUAUAAAAAUAGUCUAUGUCUGCUGCAUGUAUAAAGACACACAAGUUAGUAUGAUAUUUUUUUUUCCAGUUAUGACAAUAAAUAAAAACAGUUUUUGUUUAAUUUUCAUACAACUAGCGAAACUAAAGACAAAUCCCAACAUGUAUAUUCACAAAGUUCUAAUGAUUUGGGUUUAGUUAUUAUGAUUCCCUUUUGCUUAUUGUACAGGCAAUCAGUGCUAUUUUUAAAGUGCACAUAGAUAUGUAAAAAAAAAAAAAAAAAGAAAGAAAUAUAUUAUGUAAGAUAUGUGAGAUUUUUUCCACCUGACCCGUUCACAGAUGGUUAGCUGAAAGACAAGCACUCAGCUCACGAGCUGCUAAGUCUCCUUCAGUGAUGCUCCAUUUCAUUUGAAAUUAUUUUUGGAAAUCUAGUUGAAGUGGAACUGUCACUCUGAAAAUAAGAAUAUAUUUGAAUCAUGUGUUGAUUUCCUUUUGCUAUUAACAGAGAUCUCAACUCUAAAUCAACUCUGUUGUAUUAAAGGAUAAUCACAAAAUUACAACCAUUUGUAUACACAGUUCCAUUGAUGCCUUUUCAAAAUGCAACUGCCAUAUACAUGUGUAGUUUUAUUAAAUGAAUUAUGUAGGUCUCAUUUAUUGUUAAUUUUCCCACUUUUAUACUAUUGCAAGGUGCUGCAGAAUAUGUUGGCGCUAUAUAAAUGCCAAUAAUAAUAAUAACAAUAUAUAGAAUAGGAGCCAUGAAUAAAAAAAAUAAAAUAAAUGAAUAACUCUAGUUUCCGCUUCUUCUUUUCAUAUUAAGUAGAUCUUCAUUUUCUAGUUGACAUGAUGAAAAGUAUCUCUCACUGUAGGGGCUAUGUAUAACUGUCACAAACUGUAUCAUUUACCUACUAUUACAAUGUAGCAGACACGUUCUUGUCAGGUGCCUGGUGGAUUUCUGUAGACCAACUUUUAAGCGUUGAAGGGUCUUGUGUUUUUCUUUUUUUUUUUAAAUGAACACUGACGCGUUUCAAAAUCCAUUGAUGAUGUUACUUAUAUCAGUGUGUAUUUGUUCAAUACAUGGAAAAUCAGUUUUUUGUCCUGGAAACAUAAGUGUGUGACCAGUAUUUCGAGGAUCUGAUUCACCUUUAGACUGGGAAAACAGAGUAUAAUAAUGUGCACCUUGUGAUUACAGUAUUACUGAAGAAACAUACUGCAUACAUAGAGUGUAUAGCACUGGCACCACUAAUGCUUAGCAGAUUGUGAAGAUGUCAUCCGUGACAUCAUCAGGUCUACCCUGGUAAUAGCAACCAUUAUUCCCUCAUCCUUGUCCAAGAUUCAGUUUUUCUACAUUCCUGGCAGUUUUGAAACCUCUCAACUACCCUCCAGGGUUUUCCUCAUCUCUAUCACAUAACAUUUCUAAUCCCUGUAUCUACAUGUCCCACCAAUCCUUCAGCACAUUGUCACUUUCUACCAUUUCUACCAUCCCAUUGUGCGAUGUACAACCAUUAAUAACUCUUACUUCAUCAGUGAUUUGUAUUGAUGUAGCUCACUGCAAAUGAGACAAGUACCCAUGAAGUAAUAAAAAAAACCUAAAAUAUAUUUUCAUUUUGGAAAUGUCACUGUUUAUGCCUCUAUUCACGCCACGUAAAUACCAAAGUAUAUAUAGAAAUGCAUACAUGUCUAAUUAUCUUUGUAACGUUCAAAAAGUUGUAUAUAUUCAUUAAAGUUCCAGACCUUCAGUGAAUAAAGCAUCAAUUUAACUGUAUAUUUUACAGUGGAUAAUAUAUUUUUCAGUAAACGUAUUAAACCCCAAUCUUUUGUUUUUCACACAGUGGCAGCAUGGAGCCAGCAUUCCACAGGGGAGAUCUACUGUUCCUUACAAACUUCCAUGAAGAUCCAAUCCGAGCUGGAGAAAUAGUGGUGUUUAAAGUGGAGGGCAGGGAUAUUCCGAUAGUGCACAGAGUCAUCAAAGUUCAUGAAAAGUAAUACCUUUAUCCUAUCAUUUAUCAUCUUUUGUCAAACCAUGGCACCUUGUGUUGAAUACCUCUAUACUUGAUAUAUAAUAUAAAUCAAUGGUGCCCAAAAGGUAGAUCCCCAGAUAUUUUUAAAACUACAGCUUCCAUUACAUUUUGCCAUUCCAAUGGCAUGGGUCAUGGGAGUUGUAGUUCUACAUUUUGGGCACCCCUGAUGGUCUGUUGAUUGCAAAGUAAAGCACUUACAAAGUAUUAAGCCCAUAAAUUUGUUAGAGUUCUCAUUCUAAUAAAUUGUAGGGACAGGCUAGAAACAAUGUUUUACAUGAUAACCAUUAAAUUUCUGUUCUUAACACACCUCUUCCAAGAUUUCUCUACAUAAAGAUACAUAAUUACAUGGAGAAGCAUCACUUCACAGAGACAUUUGUUUCUGUAUAUUCCAGUAGCCUAAUUGCAAAGUGUUUUAUUCAUUAGUGAAGAGUAGAAAAUAAAGUUGGAAAAGUUAGACCUGAAUAACUAAAUCGGAAAAAAAAAGAAUUAUAUACAACCUAAAUGAUUUCAGCUUCAUUACCAACUCUUUUCGUUAUGGCCUAUACAUAUAUAUUAAUAAUAAUUAAUCUGGAGUUUUGAUUAUAUAUUUAUAUCGCCAGUUGAGAUAUAGCAACUAUAAUUAAGCCAAUGCAUUUUGACUGCAAGUUACUCCCACACUGCUAACCGCACAAUCCCACAAUACAGAAAUAAAUUAACCUUUAGGAAGUUAAGUAAAUUGGUCAAGUGAACCUGUGUGCUACUAGGAUUUAUGGGUAGCUUUUCUGCACUGCAAAAAUUAUUAUUUUUUAAUUCAUUAUUUUUGCUAAAUCUCUUUACCGUUUACAGCCAACUUAAAUCUGAAAAUCUCCAGAAAAGUAUAGAUAAAUUGAUUGAUGGCAGAGGUGCCUAGACAUUAGUUGUGGUCUGCUGUUUUGUAAAAUGUGUGUGUGUGUGAUCCACUUAUGCAUGUGUGAAUGAGGUGAAGUGUAAGCAUUAUCAGUGUGUGCAUAUAUGUAGAGGGUCAUUGUGUCUGAAUGGGUGCUCCCCCCCAUUUCUAGAUUCACAUUCCCACCCCUAUAAGCAUUAGUCAUUAGCCCAUUCCAGUAGACUGUUCUUCCCACAUGGUAUUUACUCUUUAUGAUUCCCAAAGGGCAGAUCCUAUGCAAAAAAAGUGCAUAUCUAUCACACAGCUUACCAAAGUUGCCUGUCUGCACAGAUACAAUCAUCAUAUUUUGCAAUAUUUCAGAGCAAGCAACCACUAAGGUACGGCAUGUACGAAUACUACAUGUUGAUUACAUAAUUACACCAUACCAUAGCUUAAAUGAACACUACACCUUACCAUAGCUUAAAUGAACACUCACAGAGAUGCAUUGAAUCUAUGCAUCUCUAUGCGUAAUGUUCAGCGCCUUAAUGCAGAGCAUUGAGACUCUGAAUGAAGUUGUGCAGCACUGAGAUAGGAAGCACAUCUGGUGACUGUCUCAGUGACUGCCGCUAGAGGGGUUAGUAGGCAGCAAAGAAAUUAGUUGUAGUCGGUCUGGUGACUAUAGUGUCCCUUUAAUAUGUAUUUUAAGUGCACCAUUUAGACAUACUGAUAUAUUGAUAUAUACCAUUAAUUAUACAGUUAAGCAUCUAAAUAACUAAUCUCAUGUAAAUUAUGGAUCAUUUAUCAAUGCACACUAUUAAAACACAAAUCAGUGGUAAUAUAUGCAGUAUACCAAAUAAUAAUAUCAAUCCUGAGGCUAUUACUGAAAACAAUGCCAGCGUUUAUCAGUGGAUAAGGCUGCUUUAAUUGCUGCCAGCAGAGGCUCUGAACCUUAAGCAUCUGUCACAAUUUAGCUAUUCAUAACCAGGGGAUGUGGGUGAACCAUGGCAAAAUACAUUGUGGUUUACCCAAAUACCCAAAGGUGUGAAUAGGUAGAUUGCAAUCAGCUUAAAGUUGACUAAUACUAGUUUAUUUAGUCUGAAAAUCUCUUAAAAUAGAAAGUGGGUCUGUUAUUUAAUAUUUUUGAAUAUUUAAUGUAUUUUCAUAAUUAUUUUUUUUUUUUGCCCUUAUCCUUUAGAGAAAAUGGUGAUAUAAAAUUUUUGACUAAAGGAGAUAACAAUGAAGUGGAUGAUCGAGGCUUGUAUAAGGAAGGCCAGAAUUGGCUUGAAAAGAAGGAUGUAGUAGGAAGAGCACGUGGGUAUGUGUUUUGUAUGUUAACAGGUUUUUCUUUGUUUUUUUAUGAUCUUUGCAAUAAUUACUGCUAACUACUGAGCUGUCUUUAUUUAAACUGUUAUAAAUGAAAUAUUGCUAAGUUUUUGGAAACCUGGGAUGCAUAACUUGUACAUAAACUUAAGUAAAACAACAGUUUAAUGUACAGACUACUGUGCAAGGAUGCCCAAAAAAAUUGAAUUAUAUAGAUUCGCACCAUUUAUUUGGAAUUUGUAAGGAACUUGAUCACACAUGACUUGUAGGAGUUAAAGGAGCUACAUUUUUAUGAAAUUGUAAGAGUUGGCAGACUAAAAAUAUUCUGCAAAAGAAGGAAAAUUUGUAUACAUAUAAAGCAAGAAGUAAGAUAUUAAAUAGUAGCAUUUAUAACGGAGCUCCAGUACUCCGGCUGAGUACCUCCGUUAAAAGUUCUGUCUCAUUAAAGAAUACAGCAUUGAAGUGAUAUAGCCCUUUUACCAAACUUGGUGAAGCCUAAAACACACACACAGAUGUGUGGAGCUCCGUACUCAGGCUGAGUACCUAUGUCUGUAGAUAGAAGAAAGUCGCUCUUCAGUGAUUAUAGAUAUUCGCCCAAAAACUAGAUGAGAUAAAGUGUAGGGUAGAACAAAAACUCUGCUGUAUUGAAAACAGCACAUCUAUUUAUACCCACACAGGCUCAUUUAUAUAAAAAGGGUUACAAUGAUACAAACAAUCUCCCUCCCAAACAGCACAGUGACCAGUCAACUAAUAGCAGUAUGGACUUGGGAUAGUAACCAAUUACACUACAAAGCCUAAUUACAUUAGUGUGAAUGCAGUACUAUGUUUACAAUGAACAGACAAUAACAAGGGCUGAGGAGUUUUGUGUUUUUUUUUUUUUUCAAUUCUUUAUUUUUGGUCAAGAAUUAGCAUAAAAAAAAGUGAUACAGAAUACAUACUUUCACUGUUCAGAUGGGACAAUAAUAAGAAGGUAACGAUACAUAACAUAAUUUGUAGCGUCUCAUCCAAAGUAAGCAACUUAACGGUAUUCUUUUAAUCCACGACAUAAGCAGUGUCAUUCACUUUUUUAACUGUGCACUUAUCAAAUACAAAAAUUUGGUUAACUUAUUUAUUAAUAGUAGAGAGAGAAGAGAGACAUGAAGGGUCCCUUGGCUCUGAAAAAAGGAGACUCCGUACUUUGAGGGGAAUGCGGGAAAUGCGCACAACCCAGAUAUUAGGCAUGUACUGCAUCCUUGAGUAGCUACUCAGAAACAUAUACUUAUGGUUCCAUAGCUCAGGGACAGAAAUUAUCAGUAAAAGGUAGUAAGACAAAGCGAUGAAGGUUAAGAAGAAAAGGAUAGUAUAGUAAGUAGUGGUCACCUGCUGGGGAAAGGGGGAGGGGGGAGGGCAGGGAGGUACAGGUCGCACCAGCCAAAGUGUAACUCUGCUCCCCACAACCCUCCGAACAUCAUUCUAGUUCAGUCAAUAAAGUCACUUGUGUUCCAGGAUUCCCAUAUUUUCUCAAACUUAUGCACAGUGUUUCUCACGUGUGCUGUCAGUUUAUCCAUCAAACAAUUGUCCUUAAUUUUUUCAAGGACUUGAGAGAUGGAAGGAACAGUAGGCUGUAGCCAACUCUGAGCAAUAGCCCAUCUGGCUGCUAAGGUGACCUUCUGAAGAAAAUUUUGUUCCUCUCUAGUCCACUCGUCUAGAGGUCUAUUCAGGAGGCACACCCAUGGGGUCAGGUAUGGCCUACUAUGAAAGAGGUUUUUCUAAAACAUCUACUACCUUGGUUUAGAGUGGUCGUAUCUGGGGACAGUCCCACCACAUAUGUAGGUACGUGCCUUUGAGGCCGCAACCCCUCCAGCGCAAAUCGGUUGGGGUCUGUUUCAUGCGAUAAAGUUUUACCGGGGUACUAUACCAGCGAAACAUAGUCUUAAAACAUUGGUCUUGCAACGUGAUGCAUAUGGAGUAGGAAGCUGCCGCUUCCCAAAUAGCCUGCCAGUCAAUACCUUCCAGUACCUUCCCCAAGUCUGCCUCCCACUGUGUAAUGUAAGUCAUCUGUUUCCAUACACUUACAUAAUGUAAGUCAUCUGUUUCCUUUGUUUCCAUACACAGGUAAGCACAUAGCAAAGCUAUCAGACCACUCUAGGGAGUUUCAUUCAGACACAGCCUCUCAUAAAAGGUCACGUUUUUGUGUGCUGCCUCUUUGAUGUAUGUCUGCUUUGCAAAGUCUCUAAUCUGUAAAUACCUAAAAAAAAAAAAAAAGUCAGACGGAGUAAGUCUAGUGUGUAAUUUCAGCGUAUCAAAGGUUAUUAUCUGACCCACCUGCAUAGAGAUGACAGGAUCUCUGGAGUCCUGCCUUUUCUAUAUUUUUUCAAAUCUCGGGCUGAAAUACCCGGAAGUUAACGCCCGGUUUCUUAGUAGAGGGGUGAUUGGGGAAGGGGAUGAAAAUAAACCAAAUGUAUAAGCUGUUGCAUCCCAAAUUCUGGGGGAGUGGAGUAUGGCUGGGCAAGUGGACCGCAAAAUAACUCUUCUAUCUCUAGGAACCCAUAUGUAGUAUUGGGGAAGAUCUGCCCCCGCCAUUAAAGACUCUAAAUCUACCCAUUUCCUGACAUCCACCAGUACAUGCCACAUCGCUAUGUGAGUAAGCUGUGCAGCCAGAUAAUUGUAGUAAAGAUAUGGUAGACCCAGUCCUCCCCUAGUUUUAGGGUGGUAGAGGACAUUUCUGGAUACCAUGUGUCUCUUGUUCUGCCAAAUGAACGACCCUAUAGCGUUUUGUUGGGGCGCCAAAUCUUUUUUUUGUAAUCGCCACCGAGAGAGCCUGAAAGAGGAAUAAAAUACGUGGCAAUAUGUUCAUCUUUACAAAAUGAACACGGCUGAUCCAAGAUAUCGGUUUACCAUGCAGUUUUCCAUAUCUCUAAUCAGUGAUUUCAAUAAAGGCCCAUAGUUCAUUUUGUACAAUUUAAUGGGGUCAGCUGUUAAUUGAGUCCCUAGGUCAGGCAUAGGCAGCCUUCGACACUCCAGAUGUCUUGGACUACACCUCUCAUGAUGCUUUGCCAGCAUUAUGGAUUUAAGAGCAUUAUGGGGGAUGUAGACCACAACAUCUGCGGUGCAAAAGGUUGCCUACCCCUGCCCUAGGUGUUUCAUAGAGCGAUGUGCCAUCUGAAUGCUAUAGGUGGUUUGUAUGAGUGCCGUGUCUGCCGCCGACAGACCCAAAGGGAGGGCGCUAGAUUUAUUCAUGUUUGCCUUAUGGCCUGAUAUAGUUCCAUACAUCGUCAAUGCCAGAAACUGUUUUCCCCCUACUGUAACUCCGUGGAUGUCCAGGUAUUCGCGGAUAGCUUGCAGAAGGCAAUACAAAUAGUAGAGGGGAGAGCGGGCAUCUCUGCCGCGUACUAUUUCUCAAUGUGAAGGGCACAUAGGAGUUUUAAAGGCGUUUUAAAGUAGUGGAAUGGCAGCCAUUUUAAACUGGUCUAGACAUGUCCCUGGAACAAUGGGACAACACCCUGCUGGGAAAACAAUAAGACAGGAGAAGGGGGAAGAAAAUAACUAACAACAAACAAAUACAUUAUACACACCCUGCACCUGUAAUGGGUACAGGGUGACUAAAACACAAGAGGUAUCUAGGGAUCUACAUAAAGUGUCUGUCUUACCUUCCCAGUGAUGGUGACUACCGUCAUAGAGUUUAUUGCAAAAUUCCAAAACACAAAAAUUGGCAAACUUGGAGAACCCACCACUAAAUUAAGAGAAGAGCUGUCUAACACCUUUCAUACCACUAGGGUACUUACUCAUAGACCAGUAAGUAUGCAUUUUUUGUGUUAAUUUGGGAAUUUUGUAAUAAACCUUACUUGGAGAUUUGGGGGGAAUUUUACCAAAUUUUGGGUGAAAAUUUGAGUACUGCUGUGAAUUUUUUUUUAUUUCUGCGCAGGAAUUGACAAACUUUCCAGCUGACUGGGACUUUAUCAAAGCAAGCAAUGCUUGUAGGAAAUAUGUGCUUGAUACAAACUUUGGGAACACUAAUCUAUCAAUGAGGAGUGAAGCUUUGAUUCAAACAUAAACAUUGUAAAUUGUAAUCAUUUAAAAGAUGCCUUGACCAAAAACUUUCAAGCAGGAAAUAAGCUUAUAUAUAUUAAUCAGAGAGUCCUCCCGAUGCCUCACUACCAUAGUAUCACGGUAUUGUGCAAUGUAAUGGCACAAGUGCUGGUUUGCACAGCAUCAUUUGUGGAUGCAUCCAACUGCAAAUCUGAUUACAAAUGGUUAUGGGAGUAGUCAGCAUGGUCACACGGCCAGAUAAGGGGUAAUUAGCAGAAUUUUUUUGAAAAAUUAAUUCUGAAAAUAUAACUGUGCAAAAAGAUAACUUUUUGAUGAUGAAACAUUACAAACUACCUUCCACAUUCUGUAUAAGUGACGUUAAGCUCUUGUAGAUGCAAACAUCUGAAAUCAGAUAAAAUGAGCGAUACAACUGAAAUAGAAGACUAGUAUUGGAGGGAUUCGCUUUCUGCCUCUGCUUAUAUUAUCAGAAAUAUUAUGAUUUUUCUAAACUAUCUUUAUUUUUUUAAUGUUUUCAUUUUUUUUUUAUGUGUUUAUUUUAAUGAUUUUUUCCCCAGCUUACAAUACUCUUUAAAGCGGCAUUAUCAGGUUGCAAUCAUUUUUUCGUCCCUCUAUUUCCCCUUGUGUAUUAUAGCCAUAGUUUAUUCAAUGAAUUGUGCAAUAUCUGUGGUGUAUCCUCAGUACCUUUCACACUUAACUUUGGCCCCUACUUAACGCCUGAUGCGGCUACGGUACUGGCCCCUACGCUCUGCCGAAGACCUAUGUCUAUCCUCUGUUUGUACGCCCAACUCAUUUUUUUCACAAAAGCAUGUCAUUUAAACUGGUAAUGGCUCCCAAAUGAUUUAUCUUCUGCCACUGUCAUUUAAAAAAACAAAAAAAAAAGGCACACUUAGUCUUCAGUGAACACUAUUCUACUAAUAAAUAACCAAUAAACCUAUAUAAUAAUAAUAACAGCAAGCAGAUGUAACAUAAGAAGUUCAGUGCAAUUUGGUUUUCAGUUUACUACAACUCAGUAUUUAGUGAAUACAUGCACACCAGUUGGACUUUAAAGACAAUUCAAAGGUUCAUGUACAUUAUAAUUAAAGGACGGUUGUAGCGGAGAUGCAAUAUUACCCAGGUUAUCUCCGCUUAUAAUCCAAGUGAGGCUCAGGAACAAGUAAAUAGUAAAUCCACAGGCAAGGUUUCCAGCAGGUAAAAUAACAGCAAUAUCCCAACAGCAAUCCCAAUAACUGGACGACACACAGUUUCAGGAGCAGAACUGAAAGCUUUAAUCCACAGUCUCCUUAUAAAGCAUGCUCCCAUGCAAGGGAGGGAUUUACAGUAAUUAUUACAGUAGCCAAUCCUGUCCUGGUAACCUCCCACACAUCUCCUCCCCUCAGCCAGCAUCAUAAUCCCCUUAUCCAGUACAGUAAUUCCCCCCGUUUCUGGAUGUACCCCUAAACGUAGGGGUACCUCUUUAAAUCCUACAUCCCCGGAUACCCCUGAUCUGGGUGAACAACAUAUCCAAAAAUCACCCAGAUCAGACCAGGGGUUCGGGAAAUGUAUGGAGGGAAUAAAAUGACCGACCGCACUAACUGAGAUAGCCGAAUAAGGUUCCAUGCGAAUGGGCCCUGCGGUCGGUCCUGGCAUAAGGGAACAAAAUACACGAAAGCCUCUAGCUAUAGAGGCUAGGGAGGGUUCGCCUGAAUCCCCUCGUUCGGUAUUUUCUAUCUACCGAACGAGGGGCCGUUCGGUAGUUUGGAACCGAACGGACCAGGUUUGUGGAGGUCUCAGCGGUGUUCGCCUACUCGAGUGUCCGAUUUUAGUUCAAGACACUCGACGGCAAAACACAGCUGUUCGGGAGUUUUAAAUGGAGUUUGUCGAAUGGCGGCCACCCCCGAGAACAAAGGACGGCUACUUACUAUUCAAUUACCCGUUCGCAACAAUGUUGCAACGGGUAAUUGAGGACACACUUCACACAGGGGAGGUCUGGUUGUUCAGUAGUUUCAUUCGAAUAAACUAAGGGAAUGAAACUACCGAACAAUCAGAGGAAUACAAUUCUUUUUAACACAUAUAAAACACAACAGAUACACAAAUGCAGUUAUGUACAGUAUAUUUGUAGGAUCGCCUGGUGCCAUCCGCUACAACGGUCACCUCAAAACAGUUUUUACUAUAUUAACCCUAGUUUCAAAUGGCAUAAUAAUAUGUAGUGCAGUUAUAACAGCUCCCAUCCUCACUCACUAAACAUAGCAAGGACACCUGGGACAUCUGUGCUACUGGUGAAACAGAUCUACAUUCCCUGCUCCAGUUUAAUGAGCAUCUACAUUUCAAUAUUGCUAUUCUGUCAUAAGAUGUAAUUAAAAGAAUGCAGAUUGGGUAGGAUAUCCUCAGUAUGAGAAUAUACUUAGGGCAGGUGUUGCUUUAAAUGCACAGACUUCCAGCAAGACAAUUUUAGAAUAGGCAAGUUACCUAAUUUUUACAUUGUUUUUGUACCCCCUAAGUCCUAGAAUAUAGAGACUGUCUUGCAGGUUUAUGGAACUGUUUCCUAUGAGUGGUAUGUUCAAGGGAAAUUGCUACAAGCACAUAAAGUAAAACAGAUCAUGGUUAUUUUUAUGUCAAGACCACAGUGAAAUAGACAUAUCCUCCAUUCUCUCCGUAGAGCUGAUAAUGAUAAACUUCCUUCAAAUUGUAGUGUAUUAAUCAUGGUUGACCAAGUAAUUGAAGAGUUUUGGAAAGACAAUUUUAGGUAAUGGACAAAAGACGGACAAAAGACAGACAAUUAGAAGUGAAUAACUUAGCCAAGAGCUGAAAGGACCUAUGAGGAAACAUUAAAAGCUUUUAAAAACCUCUACAGAACCUUGUGCUACAGUUUACAUGAUGUUCCCAAGGCUAGGAACCGAAGACAAACACACUGGAGAUAAUUGUCUUUCUGUGCUUUUAUUUCUUCAGGCGUAUUUCUUAGAUUCAGUAGAAAACAAUAAUCGUGUAGCUCAAACCUCUUUAGACUGCUCUCUGUGUGUAUGUACAGUGUAAUACAAAUAGAAAGCUAGGUAGCAUGCACAUGUAAAGCAUGUAGUCUUAUUCUUGAGCAGCAAAUUAAUUUUAUUAAAACUUAGGGGCGUUACUCUCUGAUACCAAUAUUACGGUGAGCAUUGUGUUGAGUUAAUUCAUUGUAAUUGAUACUUGGGUAUCAUUAAAUUGAGCUAUAAAUUUCAGGUAACGUGCUUUCAAUAUAUAUUUUACAGAUAAUAAACAUUUAAAUGGCACCAUAAGCAAUUAGUUCCUUUCACCAUAAUUUGAAUUUGAAAAUAAAUUGAAUAAACAGAAGAUUAAAAGUUUCCAUCAAAGACUUGGGAACGAAGGGUAAAAAAAAAAGGCCUCAGCGAGCAAUUUUUUUUAAAAAUUUUUUUUUUUUUAGUUUCAAAUAGUUUUUUAUUUGCAUGCAUGUAACAAGAAACAUAUUGCAAUAUGGUUACAGUUGGAAUGAGAUGACAUUUUACACGGACAGGUACAGUGAAAAUAUAACAUUACAUCGUUUUUGUCACAUUGUGUCUUUAAACAGGGUUUGCAUGAGUUACAGUUGGUUAACCUUGUUGCUGUCAUCACAUGCUGCAAAGGUUUUUCUUCUAACAAACAGUGGGGGGGGGGGGAAAUGUAGAGAGGGGUACAGUCAUUCAACCUUGUGUUCUGUUGACGCUAGCGUAGUGCCUGUGUUGUUAAUGUUAGAGGACAUUUAUAUGCAGCGUAACCCAGAGUUAAUUAUAGAUAAGUAAUAAAAAAAUGAACAUUGGGGGGGCGGGGCCUGACAGCCAACAUGGCCGGUCGCACACUCAAAGAUCUCCUACAAUGACUGGCAAAAGAGCGCUACUACAGAGCGAUCCAAAUGUGCCAGUGGCAAACGGUGACCGGGUCCGAGUACAGAACAACAGGAGCAAUCGAUUGAUACAAGCCCGGCACCUGUGCGCAGCGGAAAAACCUGCACCGGCCAUGCAGCCUACACCAGAGCGAAGCCUGGAGUCCGGGGGAGGCGGCCGAUUUCCUGCCCCAGGACGAGCUCCUAAACGAGAGCACACUACAGCCCUGCUACCCCCCUCCCCCCCUUCUGGACCGGCGGGGGAUAUCCCGGUCCUCGCUGGGGACGAUCAACCCCGCAUUCCUGCCUGCCCAAGCAACGAAACCCGCACCCAAAUGGAGAUGUCAGUGCCCAGCUAAGAUGGCGGGACAGCGCAAGACGAAGCACUCGCCUCCCAAGCACACAAUAGAGUUUUUCCACAGGCUUUGUAUAUACCUAUGGGCAAAGCUUAAAGCCAGGAGACAACCCUUCAGACUGGCGGCGAAAGUGGUUAAGGUGUGGAUCCGCCCGGCGACCCACCGCUGCCUGCGGUGGAAUCCACCACGUGGCCCCAACAUAGCCUCCCGACAGGAACGAAGACGAGGAGCAGUGUGGCGGAAAUCAGUGCAGGGCACCUCGGACGACAGUACAUACGAACACGGAGCCCGCCGGAGUGCCCAGCCUGCCUAUCAAUCAGCGGUCCCAGCAACAGCCAUCCCGCAAAGCACAACCCAGCACAGAGGGACCGGCGGAGCCGACAGUGACACAAAUUAUGCCACAGCAAAGUUGGGGACUGACCGGCAGAAAAUCUACCCACGGCCAAUUGGAGAGAGAGCACUGAGGGGGGCGAGUGCCCUACCGCGAAAGCACAACCAUCACCCCGCCAAGUGAGCGGGCUACCCCCGGGCAGGACACCCCCAUGAUGGACACAAUGAAACACCCGGUGGGUAUAGGCUGAAAGGGCUGUCCUCACAGGCAUAUGGCGCUGGACUCUAGCUUCUGCCUUAUACACCCCAUAGGACAAGGUCACCGCUAGCAAUACCCCACAGUCCAGACACUCGCCUCACAGCAUGUGCCUCUAUUGAACUGGGAACAACUAAACUCAUAUUGCACUGCCUAGCCAUGCAGGUUAUUAGUUAUUAGAUUCACUCUUCACGUAGUCCUGCCUGUAAGCCGUGCCACAACAUCCUGCAAGUCCAGCUGAGUUAAGCUUAACAUGCAAGCACUUAGCAACCAUACAAGCGACUACAGUAAUGUCCUAGCUAGCAUGUGACUUAAUAUAUGGUUCUAACUGCAUCAGCAUAGUUAACCUAGCUCCAGUGAGCACUAAUUGUUUUUCUUUUGUUUGUCUCAUUUACAAUUACUCUGACAUUUGUAAUUUCUCAAAUAUUACGUUUAGAUCUAAAGUUAAGCUUUUUUACUAUACUAAAAAAAGUGCAGAAUACCCAUGUCAUGACACAAUAUCUGUUGUAUUUUCCUAUUAUUACUAUCGCUGCCGUCAUGGCACCACACGCAUGUAAGUUAAAUCGAUGCACAAUAAAAAAAUGAACAUUGGAGUGCCAGUCGGUUGUGUGAUUAUUAACACCUUGGGUGUCACCUGGUUAUUCCUAUGACCCUUAAUAUGGGCACGGCUGUCGACUCUUCAUCGGCUCCGACAGUGUAUGCGUGUAUCUUAAGGCUUUCUGUUGCCUCAUUCCAGUUCUCCCAGGCUAUCUUCCAUAUUUAGAUUUUUUUUGGUUGGCCGCCUGUCUGGUUGCGCAUUAGUAUGUUUUAUUUUGGUCUAUCAGUUAGAUACAAUCUUGAAGUGUUGGAGCUGUCUUGGUGCGCCAUCUCCUACCAAUUAGUGUCAAUGCUGCUAUGGUAAUCUGAAAAAUGAGAUAUGCCAUAUUCGACUAAGUCUUGGGGGGGUAUUUGUGUAGGAGGUAUAUUUCUGGGGGUUUUGGGAAAUUCAUGCCGGUUGUUGAUGCCACUAGACUCAUCGUCUUUCCAAUAUUUGGAUAAUCGUGGGCAAUUCCACCAAAUAUGGAGCAUAUCUCCCUUGGCUUCUAGGCAUCUCACACAGCGGUCAUACACUGUAGGGAGCAUUUUGUGUAAUUUUGUCGGUAUUAAAGGACCACUAUAGUGCCAGGAAAACAUACUUGUUUUCCUGGCACUAUAGUGCCCUGAGGGUGCCCUCACCCUCAGGGCCCCCUCCCACCGGGCUCUAGGUGGAGGAAGGGGUUAAACUUACCUCUUUCUCCAGCGCCAGGUGGGGAACUCUCCUCUCCGCCUCCUCUCCUCCUCUUCGGCUGAAUGUGCAUGCGCGGCAUUCACCCAGUCCAUAGGAAAGCAUUCACAAUGCUUUCCAAUGGACGCAAGCGUCUUCUCACUGUGAAAAUCACAGUGAGAAGCGCAGAAGCCCUCUAGCGGCUGUCAAUGAGACAGCCACUAGAGGCUGGAUUAACCCAUAGGUAAACAUAGCAGUUUCUCUGAAACUGCUAUGUUUACAGAAAAAAGUGUUAAUCCUAUCUGGACCUGGCACCCAGACCACUUCAUUAAGCUGAAGUGGUCUGGGUGCCUAUAGUGGUCCUUUAAGUGCCAUCUAUAAAGGAUUUUUGUGGUUAGUUCUAUAUGUGAGGAACCUAGUGUUAGUUUUUUGUAGGUGGAAAACAUUUUCUCCCACUCUGAGUCUGUUAAGUCCCUUUCCCAGCUUUGUACAAAGGUUAAGUUUUGCAGUGUACUCCUGUGUUUAGGCUGUUGUAUAUCAAUGAGAUCGAUCUUGUGCCAUUAGUGCCUGUUCGAAGGUCGACAACCGUUGCCCAUUUACAUUGUUCAGUGCUGGUAUAUAGUGUUUGCUGAGCCAUGCUCUUAUUUGUCUGUAUGCAUACUCAGCUGUACUCUGUAGGCUAAACUGUUUCUGUAGGCUUGGGAAAGGUGUGGUAGUCUUCCCUUGUAUGAUUUGCGCUAUGUGGAAUAUAUGGUGCCUUUCCCAUAUGCGGGAGUUGAAGUCAGGGACCAAUGAUUGCAAUGUGGAAAUCGUCAUCGCUGGGGAGUAGGCUUUAGUCAAGCAGAGUUUGGCUCUGUGAGUUUCCCAUAUGUGUUUUGUUAGGGCAGUUGUAGGUAGCAUCGUUAGGUCUUUAGGUUUGAGAUGGGGUGGGAUCCACAUAAUUGAUAGUAAUUGGUGCCCUGGAGUGGUUGCUGACUCUGGUGUUACCCAUUGCAGGUUAUUUUUGGGGGUUUGUGCUAGAACAAUGGGGUUAAUGUUUGCUGCAUGGUAAUAAUGUUGUAUGUUAGGAAGGCUCAUGCCUCCUUUUGUGUAGUGCCUGUACAUUGUUGAGUGGCCAGUCGUGGUUUCUUGUUUGCCCAAAUAAAUUUGUUUAGCAACUUUACAGUAGGAGGGUGAUAUCCGGAUUGGCAGGGUCCUAAAGAGGUAUUGGUAUUUGGGAAGAGUAACCAUUUUUACAGCGGCUACUUGACCUGUCCAGGAGAUGUACUUUUUGUGCCACCCCUGGAGGAGUGAAUGUCAGCGAGCAAUUAUUAAGAAAUCUAAAACAGCAUUAACUGAUGAGAUUUUUCAAUACUCAGAGACUUAAUCGUAGACAUAUAGUACAAUUCCAGCACCAACCUGGAAAAUCCUGAAGGUAAAUGCCUAUGGAAGGGAAUUCUAGGUAAAACAAAAUAAUACAUUUUUUAAAAAGUUUAACUUAAAGGUCCUGCACUAGCCAUAAAAAAAGGAAAUAAAACAUACAAUUAAAGCUAAUUUAUCUUUAUGGGUGUAAUUAUUUAUAGAAUUGUUGUGAGAACAACAAAUGUUACAUAACUUCAGUACUUGUAUUCUCAAAGAGAAUGAGAGCAUUAACAUUUAGGACACAAAUGCCUCCUCCAUAUCCCCUUUAUUACAAUGCAAGCUCAUGUAAUGCUGUCAAAUGAAUGUUUUUCUCUACUGUGCCUGGUCUUUCUGAACAGAGUUCGAGGCAAUGCUGGGAUCAAACCACUUCUUUCUGUGACUGUCUUUUUACACUGGAACUGUUUACUUCUAUGUAGUAUUGCACAUUGUGCUGAUAUUUUGAUACUUAAAAUUCCUGAACACCUUAGCAGAUUACUUACAAUUCAUGUAAUGCACAGGUGUAUUAGUGUUUACACACUCAUGCUUACACAUUGUCUCUGCUUUCUUUAGAUUUUUGCCGUAUGUUGGGAUGGUUACUAUUGUGAUGAAUGAUUAUCCAAAAUUUAAGGUAAGAAUGCAAAACAUAUUUACUAAGGCUUUAAAGUGUUUAAUAUCUAUGUGUUCUUACUUGGCUACUGGAUAAGGUUCCUGGAAUGGAAACUAUUAUACUUAAAAUCAAAGACAAUUAUCUUACAGGCAAGUUAACAUUUCAGGUUUGAAGCACUCACUUCAGCGAAUAACCCUGUAAAUGUAUGCAUUACAUUGUAUCACUAUUUUUCAAAUUUAAAUAUUCUGGAGAUGAUUUUAAAGCAAAUAUUCAAUAUAUACAGAAUGACUGCCACUGUUAGACAAUUUCGUACAGUAAAUAGUGUGCAAAUGGAUACUGUGUGAUAAGGAAGAAACGUAUAUAUGUGUGUCUGUUAUAUCAUAGUAUUCCACUGUACUGACAGCAGUUGCUCUGUUUAGAAAACUGUAGAAGCCUGAUAUGGGAGGGGAAGUGAUCCUUGCAUUUUUUUGUUCACCAUUGAUGUCAUCAAGAUAGGCAGAAGAAUGGAAUAGAAAUCCUUAACAUUUUAAACUAUAGUGUAUGAUCAUGACAAUGUUACAAUGCAGCUUUUGGGAACCUGUCACCACUAACCUGACCAUCUGCUCCACUGCCUCGGUCUCAUUACAGAGGUGGGUGUUACAUUUUUGUAAUAUCCACCUCCAAUCCACUUGCGCUUUGCCCUGUCUCUUCACUGAUUUUUCCUGCUUGGGAGGCUUCCCCAAACAGGGCAAACCCCCUCCAGGACACGGAUGUGCUGGCUUUGUUACAAACAAGCCUGCGACUGAACGUCAGUCACUCUGUUCCUGUACUCCAAACUAGCUCUAGCAGCUCCAGCUAGGGAAGUACCAUUGCAUCAACUGCACGUGCGCUGUUGUUGCUAUGGCGUAAAUCAGAAAGGCCUCCUCCAGUCUAUGCUGAAGAAAUGAUUGACAGGUGGGGGAAAAACUAUUUUUAAAAGUGUUUUUCUUCCAUUCUAUACAUUUGUUAACACAUGGAUGAAUUUUGAAGCUCUUUGAAAAGAGCGAAAGUAGUUUUGGCAUGACAGGUGCCCUUUAAUAUAUACUAAAACAGUUAAUAUAUGUCAUCACAGUUUCCUUUUUUAUUGGCUACACUUAUCCCACAAUCCUUUCCCCUUGUCUCCUAGUCCUUUCCCAUAGUGUUUUGCGGAGUUAGAUUUACCAUUUGGAUGCACCAUGUUACUUUGUUCUAUGUUUGUUUAAAUUGGCACAUUGUUUCUAGGUGUAACAGUUUAUGUAUUUUUUUUCUUACAGUAUGCGGUUUUGGCGAUUAUGGGCGCUUUUGUACUUUUAAAACGUGAAUCCUAAAAUUGGAAGAAAAUCCUGCCAGAAUGAAAAAAGUCACUGAAACUAAUAUAUUCUGUUUUUGUUUAAUAUUUUAUUUCUGUAAAAAAAAAUAACAAACAUGUGAAGUCUCUUUGGCCUGUACAAAUACAAGUUCUCCUUGAAGUCACUGUUUUUCUAUUUGAGACCUAAUAAAAUGCUGAAAUAAUAUUAGUGCCUUUUGUAGAUUUUAUUUUUUUUCAUGUAUAAAAUCAUUAUUUAAAUAAAGUUAUUUCAGUCAGCA